AAAUAGCGGAUAAUUACGGUAGAAAAAGUAACAAAUCUGAUAAAAAGUGUUAUUUGUUGAAUUAUUUUGAAAAAUAAAAAAUUGAAUAUUGAAGAAAUAGCAGUUAGAAAGUUUGAAAAACAAGUGAAUAUUAAAAUUCGUGAAAAGUAGAAGGAAAAACAAAGUUAAAAAUAAACGAAUGCGAGUAAUUAAAAAAAAAAUCAAUUUGAAAAUAUUAAAGAAUAUAUUUUCUAUCGACAAAAGUGUGUAGAGUUAGUGUUUAAACACUAAUUUAAGUGAUUUGGAUUUUCCCGACACAUGCUAACAUACCCACGAAAAGAAAUAAUAACAACAACAACAACUAACGAAAAUAUUGUGUGCUAAUAAGAUUUGGCAGUAAAUUUCAAUGAAAAGUUAAUGGAAGUCAUUCCAUUCAUAUUCUUAUUAGAGCCGUAAAAUCAGUGUUGCCUGUCGCCUUCAUCCGGUAAACGAAACGAACAAACGUAUGUCUGGCUGUCUGUCUGUAGGUGUGUGAGCGUGAGUGUGUGUGUCAUACUACCUACAAAUACAGUUAACUUCGUAUGUCCUUAGAGUGCGUGUCGUUUGAACGUUAAAAUAAAUAAUUCGAUUUAGGAUUUAAUUUGGAACUCCUGUGAAGUGAAAUAAAAGUCGUUAAAAAAACGAAGAACUUGUUCGUGUGAAUUUGUCCGUAUGCAGAUUUUAUGGAAUAUUUAUUUGUAUGUUUGAAGUUCUCGAAAUAUUGUAUUCAAGUGAAAAUUCUAAGCAAUAACGGCCAAGGGGAAAACGAGGAAGGAACCAACAAAAUAAAGCACAAAUCAUCUAUGUAAACGAAAAACCUUCAAGAAGUUUUGAAACUAGCAUACGUACAUACAUACAUACACACAAAAAUUCCUUGUUACCGAAAGCUACAGCAGAAGCAAGGACGGAAGGAAGGUAGAAAGAAGUGAAUAUUUGAAGAACCACAAUUUUGAAUAAUAAAAAGAAAACUAAAAACACAAAAAUACCGAGAAAACAUUGCUGGAAACAUAUUUAGCUGAAAACAAGACAACUCAGCCAGAAUCUGAAAUACGGAGGAAAAGACGAAGACGACCAGAAACGUUAGUAGUUUAGACAAAUAUCUAAAAUAGCGGAGAACCACCAAAAACGUUUGGAAUAAAAUUUUCCAGCAGAUGCGAAGUGAAGUGAAACGAAGCAACUAAAAUUAGACGAAUCAUUGCUGGAAACUGCUGUUGUAACAGAAAAACCAACAACAACAACUCAGGUGGUGUUUAGUGGCUGCUGCAAGGACAAAGUAUCCGCCAAAUACUCUCUCUCCCUCCAUCAGUUUAGGUGGGAGAACUUAAAUCUUAAUCUGAUUCGAAAUAGAGUCUCUCCACGUUAUAGCCACUCGAAUGGAUGUUUGUUGAUGUUGUUGCUGUUCGAAGAAAUAAAUUUAAAUAUCUAACAUUCUUGCCAUCUUGUUUGGCCGACACCGUCUGUUUUGGUUUAUUGUGAACAAUAACGACGAAAGUUUGAAAUAACAACGCCGAAAAAAAAAGUUUUAAAUGAAAAACACAUAAAAAAGAAACUUUAAAUAAACGCACAAAGUUUACGAUCAAAAAUCUUACGAGCCACCAAAAGCGAAACAAAAACAACCACAAGAACAACAACAACGUUGGAGUGAUAAGGACAUAAAGCAUUGUUCAAAGCAAGUUGUGGCAUAUUUUUGAAGCAGCAUAACAAGAAGAAGAAGACGAAACAAUACCAAAGACGACGACUACCUAACAACAAUAUAAGACAUAGUUUAUCAAGAAAUAGACGAAGUAAAUAUAGCGGUUGAAACACUGGUCUACAUAAACCAUUGGUGAUCUAGUUACAAUAUAUUGUGGUUUUGAAAAGAUUUAUUAGCUGGCCAAUAGAGCAAAGGACCUCAAGAACAAGGAUCGUAAACAUUUUAUGGGAAUUCUGAACUAAAUAAAUGUUAUUUAAAAUCUCAAUGAACUACAUUCUCUAUUGGUAAAACCACAAAGACAACAAAAAAACAGCGCACCAUCAAACGCAAUAAUAAAAAGCGGAUAUUUAAGCCAUAGUCCACACCGCAAGUUUUUACGUUUAACACAUAGUCAGUCACCAACACACUUAUACCCCUCAACAGAACAAUUUCAACAGCAAAAAUGCGUCGCUCAUCGUUCACACCGGUUUUCAAUAUCAGCACACAGGAGCCACUCAUUGUGGUCGAAGAGACCAAUCCAACAGAUGAAGAUGGCGCCGACGAGCUGCUCGGCGCCGUGGGUGGAGGUAAUGAAAGUUGUACAUCGGCAACCGCAAAAAGGACAAACAGCGAUGACUCUGAUCCAGAAUCGCCCAAAAAUCCCUAUCUGCUGUGUCCGUUGCCUGACAUGCAACAAAGACGCAAACACUCAUUGCCAUCAUUGCAAAUAACCGAGGGAAUAACGGCCAGCCAGGUGAGGCGUUUAUCCGAUGUGGGUGGCGAAACGGGCGGCCUGAGUCCACACGAUGUGGAAUUCCUGACCACACUAUCACAAUCACAAGCUGGACCCUCGGGUGGCGGACGAAGACAUUCCGUUGUGACCAUAUCGGCUGUACCACCCACACUUUUUGGACGUAAUCGCCGUGAAUCCAUAUCCGGUGCCCUCUACAGUGGAAGUCGUCGCGGCAGUGGCAUUCAAGGACCACCGCUCACAGAUCAUCGAGGCAGUAUUCAUAACUUGCAAUUGGAUCUUAUGGAUGGUAUUUUACACGCCCGUAAGACACGCUCCGGCAGCGGUGUCUGGCAGGCACCAAUACUGAAAGAGACCGAAAGUAAUGUUCCCGUUCAAACAUAAAUCAAUAGAUUGUUCUUCAUCUUCAAAAUAAAAAUCUACACAAGCAUAGCCUUCUUAAAACCCCUCAAAAGAUUAUAUUUAUUCAAUUUGAAAUAUCUAGUUUUAAAGACUACAUUUUUUAUUCAAUUAACUACGAAAUGUUGCUACGAAAAUUUGUGUGCCAAAUACGGAGAAACAAUCAAUGCCGUUUUGUUUUGUGCAAUAAAUUAUAAUUAACCUCAACAGCAGCAGCAGCAGCAGCGGCAACAACAAGAAAAAUAACGAAAACAUAAAGCACAACUUAGCCUCAUUAAAGAGCACGACUCAACAACUAAUGGACGUUAAUUUGGUUACAGCAGGAAACAGGAAAUUGUCCAACAUUCUAUCCGCCCUCUUUACUUUGGAUAUUUUAAUUUUUUUUGUGUCAUCCUUCUACGGUUAGCCAAUGUUAAAACUCAACAUUUUUUUACAAAACAGAAGCGCUCAAUAAACCACCUCUACAACCAAACAAAAAAAUAUUCAGGAUAUAUUUUCGAAAAAUCAUUGAAAAAGGUUUACAUAUUGAUAAUAUUGUAUUUAUUGUUUAUGAUAUUAUAUUUUAGU